AUGAGCAAGAAGCAGAAGGCGCUUGCCCAGGAGGAGGCCCUGCGGAAGCAGCGCGAGGCGGCGAUGCUCCCCAAACAACCUCCCCGCCUUCCUUCCCACUCGCCGCUACCCCAGAUUGCCCACUUUGGCGGCGUAGACGAGCGACCCGACUCCGUUGCCAUUGUCUCCAACAAGGCCGGCGCCUACAACCAGAACUUCAGCAGACCGUCGAUGGAGCAGAGAAUGGCGCCGAAUGCCUAUGCCUAUGCCAACGCACCGCCAGCCCAAAUGGCCGGCGGCUCGCCGUCGUACAUGGAGUAUGACCCUUACCCCAGGACAGAGAGCAUGACGCAUCGCGGCCGCUACAGCUAUGCUAGCAGCGCCAUCAGCUCGGUCAAUAGUCCUCGCCGUGUGAGGAGGAGGAAGGACCCUACCCCGUUCAAUAUCCUCGUUAUCGGGACGAAGAGCUCCGGCAAAUCUUCCUUCAUCGAGUUCCUCCGCACCGCGCUCGCCUUGCCUGCUAAGAAGCGGCCCCACACCCCGUCGCCGCCUGCGUCAGCUGUCACAUCCGACUCGACCUUCACCUCGCAAUACCUAGAAACAGAAGUGGAUAAUGAGCGUGUUGGCGUUACACUGUGGGACUCGCAAGGCCUGGAAAAGGGCGUUGUGGACUUUCAGCUGCCCAUCAUCACCGCCUUCCUCGAGUCCAAGUUUGAGGACACGUUCGCCGAGGAGCAGAAAGUUGUGCGCGCGCCCGGCGUUCGCGACACACAUAUUCAUUGCGUUUUCUUGAUUCUGGAUCCUAUUCGUCUGGAUGCGAAUAUUGCAGAGGGGAAGAAGACGGGCACUCAUAUAUUUGGCGGUCUCGACGAGAAUCUGGAUCUCAACGUGCUCCGUGAGCUGCAGAGGAAGACGACCGUCAUUCCGGUAAUUAGUAAGGCUGAUACAAUAACGACAGCGCACAUGCGCCACCUGAAGAAGAUGGUGUGGGACACUCUCAAGCGCGCCAAGUUGGAUCCGCUGGAGGCGUUGCACCUCGAUGAUACCGAUGAGGAAGACGAAGACCUGCUGGAUGAAAGAGAUGAAGAUGCGUACAUUCGGUCUGACAACGAGGGCAAGUCUGAUGUCCUUAACAAGAUCCUCGACCGAUCAUCCUCUGAGGCUGGCCGAUCCGACGCUUCCUCGAACUCCUCUGCUCCGCCCUCACCCCCGACUUCGCCCCCGAGCGCAAAGCGCAACCACGUGCGGAAGCCUUCGGCCAUGUCUGCCUCAAUUCAGAAAGAAGACUCUGAGCUUCCUUACCUCCCCCUCAGCAUCAUCUCCCCGGACCCUUACGAGCCAGAGCUUAUCGGCCGCAAGUUCCCGUGGGGUUUCGCAGACCCGUAUAACCCGGACCACUGCGAUUUUGUAAGGCUGAGGGAGAGUGUCUUUAGUGAGUGGCGAUCUGAGCUCCGCGAGGCGAGCCGAGAGCAAUGGUACGAGGGUUGGAGGACACAACGGCUGCAGAAGGUACCCGGGAAGAGGAGAAUCGCAACCUCCGAUGGGCUCGCAAACAAGCAACUCACGGUUCCUACGGCGAACGGCCGUGCGGCGAGCGCGGGACGCGAAUACCGCCAGCACCGGAGUACGCCGUACUAG